AAUGAGAGUGUGGGGGAUCUCCUCACCUAAGACGGGAAUGUGGAGAUAAAGGAAUAAGCUCUGAAGAAUGCAAAAAGAGAGACUGCUGCUUUGACUCCAGUACUCCUGGAGUGAUCUCGUGCUUCUAUUCUAGGACACAAGACAAUGUCCAGUGCGCUGUGAGUCCCCUAAACAGAAAAGCAUGCGGUGAAUUUGGAAUUAGCGCCAGAGAAUGUUACAACAAAGGAUGCUGCUUUGACUCAAGUCUUUCCGAAGCAACAUGGUGCUACCAUUCAACUGAGCAUAAGCCAUGUUUUACAAAUGAAAAGGACAUGUAUGAACAUAAUAUACAGCUAAAAUGGAAAAAUGAUAAAACUAUUGAGAUUAAACCUGGUGAAAACAUAGAAUUUUCAUGUAAAUCUGGAUAUAAAGCUCGUCCAAAAAGUAACAUGAGAGCUGCUUGUAAAAAAGGAAAUCUGGAUUAUCCAAUGUGCUUCAAAGCGAUGACCAACAAACUAAAAUCGUGCCACGAUGCCCAGACCGGCCCUCAUCAUUGGUAUGGUGUCGCUUUCUUUAUGCUGUUUUACUACAACGACUGCAGAGAAAGUAAACAGCAUGGAGACCACAACCCAAUUACACGUGAACGUGACUCCUGUUAGUGGACAGAACAUGGAAACCACAACCCAAUUACACGUGAACGCGACUCCUGUCAGUAGAUCUAAAUGUUCAAAACCACCAAGAAAAGAAAAUACAAUUUUUCUGGGUAACUGGGAUAAGGAAACCUACCCACAUGGUGACACAGUAACUUACAGCUGCCGCCCUGGAUACAUUAUGAGUCGCAAAAUUAAACUCAUCUGUUUGGAAGGAAAAUGGGAAAAGCUAGGGAAUGGAUACUGCAUAAAGAGAUCAUGUGGUCACCCUGGAGAUAUCCCCUACGGCACAUUUGAACUGAGAUAUGAAGAGGGGUUUGUAUUCGGAGCUGUGGUGGAGUACUCAUGUGAUCAGGGGUUUCAAAUGGUGAGCAGACAAACUACACGAACAUGUGCUGCAAAUGGCUGGACAAAUGAACCUCCUCACUGUGAAGCUCGGCUGUGUCCACCAGUGUGGGAUGACAGUGUACAAGUCCUGACAAGUGUGACCGAUGAUGAAUUUACCAUGGGCCACGCUAUAAGCUUUAAAUGCAGAGAUCCAAGACGUACGCUUAAAGGACCACCAAUGAUUUUUUGCACCGAACAUGGAACAUGGGAUAGUGAUCCUCCAACUUGUAAAAAUUAUGUAAUUUCUAAAAGAGCGUCGUGCACCGUACAAGAGAAUGACAUGCGAAAAAACAAUAUACAACUAAAGGAUAAUAACAAACUACGUUUUGAAGACAAUGAGAAUAUUCAGUUUGAAUGUGUUUCUCGACAUAACAUAUCAGAUCCAACAAAGCUAAUGAUACACUGUAACAAUGGAAUUCUGAAAUAUCCAACCUGCAACAAGACAGCUCGGCUGUGUCCACCAGUGUGGGAUGACAGUGUACAAGUCCUGACAAGUGUGACCGAUGAGGAAUUUACCAUGGGCCACGCUAUAAGCUUUAAAUGCAGAGAUCCAAGACGUACGCUUAAAGGACCACCAAUGAUUUUUUGCACCGAACAUGGAACAUGGAAUAGUGAUCCUCCAACUUGUAAAAAUUAUGUAAUUUCUAAAAGAGCGUCGUGCACCGUACAAAAGAAGGACAUGCGAAAAAACAAUAUACAACUAAAGGAUAAUAACAAACUACGUUUUGAAGACAAUGAGAAUAUUCAGUUUGAAUGUGUUUCUCGACAUAACAUAUCAGAUCCAACAAAGCUAAUGAUACAAUGUAACAAUGGAAUUCUGAAAUAUCCAACCUGCAACAAGACAGUGAACACCCCCUGUGGCAGACCUCCUCAAAUCAAACAUGGAGAAAUCGUAUCACCCAUGCGAGAGUCUUACCGUUCAGGUUCAAAGGUUAAAUAUGUGUGUCCAUAUCUGUACAAGCUUCAAGGUCCUAAAGAGAUCAGAUGCCAAAGUGGAACCUGGGAAGAUCCACCCGUUUGUUUUGAGCCAUGUACUACAAGUGAGGAAGACAUGAGAAUAAAUCAUCUGAUGCUAAUGUCGGGUCAGAGCAAAAUAUACUGUGUCAGGAAUCAAGAGAAAAGGAAACAUGCGCAAAAAUGUUACGUCAGUCACAAUGGUAAAAUUAAGUUUAAAUGUCUGCCUGGAUAUAAAAUAUCUGAUCCCAGAGAAUUAAUCAGCCAGUGCGACAGAGGAGUUCUUCCAUAUCCUAGAUGCUUCUAGAUAAAGUGAACAAAUUCCACUUAAAAUCAUAUAAUGAUACAGCUAUUGCUUAAUGAUAAAAUCUGAAAGCUAACAAAAUAACAAAAAUAAGAACAUAAUCUUAUAUAAUCUUAUAUAAAAGAAAUGAUUAAACCAUUCAUCUGGAUCUCUGCUCUGUACUUCGACUAUUUCUCAAACAUUUUCUGGUUCGUCUACUUUCGUGCUUUUCUUUUGUUUACUUUCACUAAGUGAGAAUAAAAUCACAGCAACAGUUCCUUAAAUUAUAAAAAUGUAUUUUGUGCUGCCUAAUCAUUUUCAUACCGCUGCUGCUUCAGUUUCGGGGAAUAAAUCAAAUAUAUCCUGUUUAUGACAGUUCUAUUAUAUUGUUAUUUAACAUGAGCAUCUAGCUAUAAUACACAUGCAAUAAACAUACAAAGCUGUAAAUAUUUAAAGUGUCCCUGUCAUUAAGAAAAUCCUUUGAAUCAGACAAGUCUGAAGGUUUAGACCCCAACCGAUCUCCAGAUAUUGCCGG